AGUUGGGUUCCACAACCACAUCCAGGAGCCGGGAUCAGGAAGGAAGGGGCCUGGGAGCUGGAGGGUACGAGUGGUGGGUCAGGAGGGGGGAGAACGCAAAUAUCACGUCAGGUGUUUAAAAGCAUGGGCAGACCGCGAACAGUACCUGCGUCGCUUGUCGCUUCCAGCCGAGAAACAGCUGUGUACGUCAGACGGACUUGGGAAGAGACUGGAGGGAAAUACCUCUAACUACUAACCAGUAUCUUCUUAUUCUACGUCUCUUCAGUCGGUCAAGUCAGUGGUCGUGCGCCAGCUUUCUCCAGGAUAAUUCCCAACUCGAAGCCUAAUACCACCACUGCGUUCUUUCCUUCUGCAAACCGAGUUGUGACGACGACCCCCUCGCGUGUUGAUACAGGAAGAAACGUCUCAGGCUGGAGUUUUCGGCGUUCGGAGUUAUCACCCACAGCUACAACUUCCCCCGUCCCACUCCGCAACCACCAACACACACCAUGAUGGCCGUUGCUGCUGCACAGAAGAACCGCGAGAUGUUCGCCAUCAAGAAAUCUUACAGCAUUGAGAACGGAUACCCAGCUAGACGCCGAUCUCUUGUUGACGACGCCCGUUUCGAGACGCUGGUAGUGAAGCAGACAAAGCAGUCCGUUCUUGAGGAAGCCCGCCAACGCUCCAACGAUGUUCCAUCUGACAACGUCGAGGCGCCAGAAGAGAGAGUGUCAGAAGCAGAAACGGAAGUUGUUAAUGACGUCACAACCGGGGUGGUGCUGGAAGGAGCAGAAAACCAUCAAAGCUACGCAGAAGAACUCGAGGGACCCACAGAGGCACAACCAGAAAUAACUAGCGCUCCCAGUGACGAACCAGAGAACCACGACAUCAGGAUUGAUGCUGAGCUGACUGAGGAAGAGAUGAUCUUGGCAAACGCAGCCAGCGAAAGCAAAGAAGCUGAGCUGACCAUUCAGAAGGCCGCCCUGGUCCUCAAGAUGCGAGAAGGCAUCGGAUCUCUGGCAAGAAUUCUCAAGGCCAUCGAAAAUUUCAAGGGAACGGUGACCCACUUGGAAACGCGCACCUCGAAACAAACCGGCAUGCAGUUCGACAUUCUUGUACGAGUUGACAUGUCCCGCCAGAACCUACUGUUGCUCAUCCGGGCACUCCGCCAAAGCUCGUCCUUGGCUGGCGUCACACUCCUCGCAGACAACAGCGUCAGCAUCAAGGACCCGUGGUUUCCGAGACACGCAUCUGACCUGGACAACUGCAACCAUCUGAUGACCAAGUACGAACCUGAGCUAGACAUGAACCACCCUGGCUUCGCCGACAAGACCUACCGUGAGCGUCGCAAAACCAUCGCUGAGAUUGCCUUCUCUUACAAGUACGGCGACCCAAUCCCGCGCAUAGACUACACCGCCGAAGAAAUCUCGACGUGGAAGGCAGUCUUCGACACGGUACUCGACCUCAUGCCCAAACACGCCUGCAGCGAGUACAGUCGGGUCUUCAAGAUGCUUCAGGACGACGGCAUCUUCAGGCCUGACCGCAUCCCUCAGCUCGAGGAAAUGUCCGCCUUCAUGAAGAAACACACCGGCUUCACAUUGCGUCCGGCCGCUGGUCUGCUGACAGCCCGAGACUUCUUGGCCAGUCUCGCUUUCCGUGUGUUCCAGAGCACACAGUACGUGAGACACACCUCUUCUCCAUACCACACACCAGAGCCAGACUGCAUCCACGAGAUGCUGGGUCACAUGCCCCUGCUAGCUGAUCCCAGCUUCGCACAAUUCUCCCAGGAAAUCGGGCUCGCUUCCCUUGGAGCGUCGGACGCAGAGAUCGAGAAGCUGUCCACAGUGUAUUGGUUCACCGUCGAAUUUGGGCUGUGCAAGGAGGCCGGUCAGGUGAAAGCGUACGGCGCCGGUCUGCUGUCCAGCUACGGCGAGCUGUUGCACGCCAUUUCCGACAAGCCAGAACACCGGCCCUUCGAGCCCGCCCUAACAGCAGUUCAGCCUUAUCAGGACCAGGAAUAUCAACCGAUUUACUACGUGGCCGAAAGCUUCGAGGACGCUAAGGACAAGUUCAGACGGUGGGUGGCUACGGGAAUGUCCCGAGCUUUCGAGGUGCGUUAUAACCCACACACCCAGCGCAUAGAAGUUCUGGACUCCAUCGAACGACUGGAGAGUCUCAUGUCCCAGAUGAAUCUCGAGAUGUUGCACCUCAACAACGCAUACCGCAAGCUCAAGAACUCAGCGCUGGCGUAAAAUCACGACACUAAGCUACGCGGCUGUCCACUUCAUCCACUCCACUCACUGUUCACGAAUCCUCCUCUCACUUGCACUCGAUGCUGACGAGAGAAAUGGUCCCAUGGCCCUUACAUAUCCCUUUGUUUCUUAGACCACGAAACACAGGCGCAAUCACAUGUAAUCUAACUGCACUCAAGCACCAUGUAUGAUUUUCCAAAGAUUUCCACAUUGCUAUGUAAUUGCUGUGCUGAGAAGUUAAGACACUCUUUAAUUCGUUAGCUUCAGCUAUCUUCUAUUGCCUUGUCCAAAUUUGACUUUGGUUGGAGAAUACUGGCUGUUGUUUAACCCCGCUUUAACUACGUAUUGCGCAUAGCGUGUGCUCAAUGGUUUCUUACAAGAAUAAGUAGCCUUUAUUUCCUUAAACACAACUUUCAAACUGAGUUGUCAUAGAGACGUGAUGUUUUCUUUGAGGUAGGAACCAAAAUUUUAAGAAGAACUUUGGGCGUCAAAAGAUUAAACAACAGUGUGAUGAGAGGAAGAUGAUGAAGUCUUAAACGUUCACUCCUUUCGUGGAAGGUUCGUAGUACUCCUCCCUUUAGAAAGCUCUGGCAACCUCCACGGCACCACACGUCACGCGACUCUGAAACGGGGGAAGUCCCCAGGCCAGCAGUCCAUGUGUCACGUGCUGGUAACAUACCUGGAGGUGGCGUCAUCAAGGUACCACGGUCGCGCGACAAACUAGCUGUCCAUGCGACGCGAUGGUAACUCCUGAUACACAGAGCUCUCUCACGGUCGCCUGUAUUCGAUGUGCUUGACGGGCAAUUUGGCCUCUCACCUUCCCAUUAUCCUCAAAGCACCCAUCAUGUUAAAAGCGAUCGUCAUCCUACAAUUAGUAUUAUUAUGUAUAAUGUAUGUAAGCUCUUUGUCGUGCCUGUAACACGGCUUCCUUGAUAAUGAACUUCCGGUGUUACAAGAUGUAGCGCAUGUGACCGGCCCUUACCAAAACUCUUCAGUUUCCACCAUUCGUAAACUGCAACUUCAGAAGAAACGUCUAAUUUUUAAAUAUAAAUUAAACAAAACCUUCUUGGUGGCUGGAUAAGCAUUUCUCAAAACUUCCCAUAUCUCAUAUACUUCAUGCCACAAAAUAUUUUUCGACAAACAAACAAAGAAACUGGCAUUACCCAGGAAGCUGUGUCCCGUCUACAGGGAUGUUUGUCUGAAUGAGUUGAAUGAAUUAAUCUUUCAUUAAAUUAAUUUUACUUAUAUUUUCAUCUUUCUUUUUUCGUAUUCUUGACUGAAUGAAUGUCGAGUGAAUUGAUUUCUGACAAUAAUUUCUGCAAAUAAUAAAUAUAUUAUUUUUGUAUAUUAUAUUUUUCAUAUCCUCCAUGCACAUCAGUAGUCAUGUUCGCAAGUUUACCAACGAAAUAGGAAGAAAUUUGUUGAUUUAAAAAUUGGUUCUUCUGAAUAGAGUUCAAAAUAUUACAUUUUUCGUUCUUGCAAUACAAUUAAUUAUUACACAAUAAAUUUCCUUCUCGGUCAACCAGACCUUAAGAUUUAUCUAAAUUAACAACUGCGAAGAUGCUUUGAGUUUUGUUCGCAUUAAGGCUCCUCUACGAUCUUUUAAAUGUACACGUGAUAUUGGGAUAUCGGGGGAUUAUUAAUUUUAGUCUGUACAAUUAAGAAAAGUAUUAUGUUUCAACAAUUAUUUAAAUGUUUUCAUACGAAACUACAACAUAAGUUGCACAAGGUAACCAGAAUAUACACACUAUUAGCACAAUGCUUCAAUGGAUGCACAUAAUUUCUGCACAUUAAUUUGAUUGAUUUUUAAUGACUGAAGAACCAAUCAUAUAUAAAAUGCAAAAUACACAUAAAAAUUGAUGUAAUAAAAACAUGUUUGUUGUGGUUCUAAUUUUUGUUUUGUGAGUUCUGCGGCAAUUGUCGUAACCCGAGUUGAAGAGGUGACAGUUAAAUGUAUCCACCUUCAAAAAUAAAUGGAAUUCAACUGCUGAA